UUGUUUCUUCCAUUUCUAGGUAUAGGGCAUGGAAGAACCCAGACCUCCCACAGGUCAUUUCAGAACUCCAAGUUUUUUUCACAACAGCCCCCAAAGGGAGAGAGGAGAGCCUGGAGACCCGACUUGUAAACUAGAGACUGCCUGUCAGCAUAUUAUGGAUAUAACUAAAGAAAGGAGGUUGAAAUAUGAGAAUUGCUUUGUACUGCAAAAACACUAUGAGAUCCUAGACUGAAGGACACCUCUGUAUCCCCAGGACCUACCACCAUGUCUAACACAGACUAAGGUGCUGAGAAGAUGGUUAUUGUGUGCACAAUAUGUUCAUCAGCUGCAGCCAGAUGGUUCAACCACAGUGUACAGAGAGAGGGAGGACAUUCCCACGUUCCUGCAAUGAUGCCCAAACGCGCCGAGCCCCAAGUCAGCAGGAGGUAAGAAAUUCUCUACCUUGACCAUAAGGCUGCCCAGAUGUCCAGGAUGGACAGGGGCUAAGGGAUUCCACUAUCCUUAAGAAGAAAUAUCCUGGAAACAAGAUCUUCGAAUGCUCAAAUACCAUGGCCCGGUGACUGAAGCUUAUUGCUCAGGAGGCUAUUCUCUACUGGUUUAAUGUACUUUUGUUCCCGUCUGACCUUUCUGCACUGAGUCAGGUAACGCCCCACCACCGCCCCUGCCCCCUCCGCCCCCCACCCCCGCUAGAUUCCCUAUGUUCAGACCCCAACACUGUUAUUACGAGGGCUUUAACGCAAUGUUACAAGGAGACGGGCUGAGCCAUCCGUAGCAUCACGUGACAGGCUCAUCACACCAAGUAAAAAAUGAAACGCAGAGGAGCAACCUCCUGGACGACGAAAAGCCUUUUCCCCGUAAGCUUCCCUUCAGGCGAGAAAGGGGUGAGUCUGUACCACCAGUUGGCAACCCUGCGGGCCCACUGCCAAAUACCCCAACGCUACGCCCCCGGGGAGGCGGGGCCGUCUUCAGGGGGCGGAGUCUCCUCCUCGUUACUCAGCUUCCCAGAAGCUAUCGCGCGGCUUGGUCAAGAUAAAAAAAGGGCGGGAGGGCAGUGGGAGGCUUCAGUCAGUCAGGCGUUGGUGCUGUAGGCUUUUAUCUCCUCGUCCCGCUCCUGUCGUUCUAUUCCGCAGGCAGCUACGUUGCCGGGACGGUGGUUCACUCACACUGUAGAUUGUUUCCUCCGGAAGGCUAAGAGACAGGCUGUGAAGGGCCAAGAGGUCCCUGAGGCCUUGGGGGUGGGGUGGCAAUGUGGUCACUACGGGUGUAUACCCGCAAGAAGCGGGCCGGCCAGAGGCUCAACCUAACCCCGACGCUGGACCUAGGCCCCACCGCGAAAGUAGAGGCCCCCCCAGGUCCAGGCAGAAGGCACUCUGCGCACCGCUUGAACGGGAAAGCACAUCGUUUGCAGAAGAUCUCAGAGAAAGCAGAGUGCGGUGGGCAGGGAGUUAGCGGUUCUAGGCCACCGAGCAGUCAGUUAAGAGUUACAGGACAGAAAAGCCUGCAAGAAAAUAGCACUAAUGAAGAGCCCCCGGAUGAGAAAGUUGCUCCAUUGAGUGAAUCAGUGACUGAUGACCUCCAGGUUGACUGUAGUUCAUCCAAUAGUGAGCUAGUAUCAGGACUAAGUUUGCAGCAUGGUAUUUCUAGUUCUCUUCUGAGCUAUUCAUUCACAGACUCUUACACAGAACACAGGAGUUUUGGAGAGAGUUUAAGCAGUUUCUCAUCACCUGAACUCUUCAGAGGAUCAGAUUCUUUAGAUUGGGAAUGUCCCAAGUUGGAAGAACGUACACGAUGCAAAAAUUCCACUCUUCUGGAUACCAGUACAGCAGUAGCAAUAGAGAAGGUACCACAGUUUUCAAACCUCUCUGCAAUUUUAGGUAUGUCUUCAGAAGACUAUCAGAAAUGCCAGAGAGAAAUAGUGAUGUCAUUAGCAGACCAAAAUAUUACUUCAAAACCAAAGAGUACUUCACAUUCAGAAUCAGAUAAUGCAGCUUGUGAAGUUUUACUUGCUGAGAAAACUUACCCUUCAGCCCCUGAGAAAACAAAGAAAAAAAGAACAAAUUCUAGUAUUCCUGAUAAGAAAAGCAGAGGCCUCUUAACAAGUACACCAUCUUCGCAAACUGCUGGUUUAGUGAUUGAUUUGUCCUCAGUGCAAAAGACAUCUUUUGAAGAACUAUUUCCAAAUGUCAGCAAUUAUGUUAAUUCAAAUGAAAUUGUUCCUGUGUCAGAUUUGCAAGAAUGCUCUUCAAAUGAGAUUCCUUCAGAUACAUCAGAAAUAUGUUGUAUUAUUAGAGCAACACCAGGAACUAGACAAAUGAAAAGUGAAAGUAAUGUUAUUGUAAAGAAGAAGAAAUAUUCCCCACCCAAAGAUAUUCCUCAAGGUUCUCACCUCAUUUGGCAGCCUCUUCACUUAAGUAAUUCCCCCUUCAACUUCUGGCCACUUGCCUCUGCCUUUCCUUUAGUAAAAAUAGCAAAACCCCAAGCUAACUAGUGAUCAUGUUUUUUUAAACAUGUAACAGCCUAUUUUUAGUCCUGACAUUUAACAUUUAGCUAGUUUGCCAGUUAUCUAAUCAGGACGGUAAGAUGAAGCUUACUUUUGAUGGUCUAGGACCCCUGUUUGUUAUGAUACUUGUUCAUUAAUAAUGCUGAUUAGAGAAAAAAUGUGGUGAAAGUAAACCACUAGAGAAGUCCAAAGGAGAUGUGAUAGAGGAGGUGGUGUGGGUAAAUAGAAGUUUGAGAAUGGUGACAGCCUAAAGAAAGAGGCCUUAGAAGAUAUCCAGUCCAAGACUUCUCAAAGUGUAGUCCUCUAACCACGUACACCAGAAUUACUGCGGACCUGGCAAAUUUUGUAUUCUCUAGAGAUACAGCACUGGGAUCUACAAUUUGAAGAAUUCUCAGAGUGAUUCCAAGAAGCACUAACAUUUGAGAGGCAUUUAAUGAUGUAGUCUAUUUUGCUCACUUUACGUAUAAUAAAAAUGACCUAGUCAGAUCAAUAAGUGAUUUGUCUGAAUACACCAGCUAAUUACUGGUAGAAUCAGAAUUAGAACUUAACUUUCAUAAUUUGCAAUAGUUUGACUGGGUAGCUGUCAAAUAAGGCAUUGGGAGGGGUAGAGUAGAUAGGGCUCUGAGUUUCUC